CGCGAGGCGCAUUGGUUGGCAGCCCUGCCGUUUCUCCCUCCUCGAUUGGUAGACCUGCCGUUUCUCCCUCCUCUUCGCCGCGCUCUCAUUGUUGCUGUUUUGUGGCCGGUGUGUGUUUGCUAGUUUACAUUUUUGGUUGUUUCCCUCGCGCGGAGUGUUCUCUCCUUGAGAUUUUUCGGAUUUUUACGCGGCGCAUCUCGUUGACAGACAAUCGGGAUAAUUGAGAGAAAACGCAGAAGACACGUCGGUGGUGGUUGUCGGCGGCGGCGGCGAAGAUGGAAAAUCUGGAGGAAGUGUUGCAGGCGCUCGACGAGUUCCAGAAGAUGCGACCGUCGGUGAUCCCGCAGGAGCUGGAGGACUACCUGUGCUGGGUCGCCAAGACCGGCGAUCCCGUGUACCAGUGGCCGCUGAUCAAGACCCUCGUGCGGGAGAAGCUCACCCGCGUGAUGACGGACUUCUACGAGAGUUGCCCCACGCUGGAGCUCGCGCCCUGUCCCAACGUCGAGCACUUUAAUUACGACACCAUGAAGAGCAACCUGCUCGAGAGGCUGGAGUCGUUCGCGAACGCGCCGUUCACCGUCCAGCGGAUAUGCGAGCUGCUGACGGCGCCGCGCAAGGAGUACAAUCGCGUGGACAAGUUCAUGCGCGCCAUCGAGAAGAACAUCCUGGUGGUGUCGACGCGCGAGCCCGGACCCAUAACCAGACGCGGCGAGACCGGCGACGGUAUGGUCAACGGGUCCGUCGAGGAGGACGCAGCCUCCGUUACGCAGCAGCAACCGCCACCGCCGUCGCCGUCGUCGCAGCCGUCGUCGCAGCCUUCCUCGCAGCCGUCGCAAACGACGCAGCCACCGGCGCAGCCGACCUCGCAGGACGUUGAGAUGGACUGGGAGAACGACUGCAGCUCCACCGUCACAAUUAGCGUACACACCGUCGAGAACGAGCCGCCGCUCUUGCACGGCGGCGUCAUACCGACCGCUGACUCCGCGCUGGCCAAGAAUCUGUUUGCGGACGAGACAGUGCGGGAGAAGCUCGAACAGGCUGCCUCCAGAACGGAUAUCGCGGCGUCCAAUUACAUCACCGCUGUUUCAGAUUUUUCCACCAUAUCGAAUUUGAAUUUGCAGCCGCACGGACCGGUGCCAGAGGCCAUAGCGACCGCCGUCCCGGUGGUGCAGACCCUACCGGCGGUCGGAACUGUCUCCGACGACUCGAUGGUCCCGGGCGCCGAUAUAGCGGUGGCGAUCAUGAACGAGGACACCAAUUCUCAACCCAAUUUGGACAUGGAGAACGAGGGGAUUGACACUGCGGCGACAGCGAAUACCACGACGUCCACGGCGACGACCACGACGACGGCUGCUGCUGCUGCUGUUGCUACAGCGACAACGACGACAACGACAGCAUCAUCGACGACAUCGGCAGCGGCGGCGGCGACGACGACGGUGACUGUAGUAGCGACGGUGAUACCAUUGACGACGGACACUACGCGGAAGCUGCAAGCCGCCUUCCAGGCGAAACGCUUCGAAUCCGACGAUAACAAGUGCGUGGACAAGCCCAACGAAAAGGCGACGGAUCCGUUGGGCAGCGCGGAGGAGGAAAUUGGGCAGCCCAUGAAAAACGAAGACACGACCCUGACCAGAUCGAGUCCCGAGUGUAUAGACCCUAACGAGAUGUCUCGCGAUGAAAGUAGAUUAACUGAGAACCUGUUGCAGACGGACAUCGAGAUGAGAUCCGACGCGGAGGACCAUGGUGGAGGUAUUGCCGAGGAAAGAGCUCCCGAUAAACCGGAGGACGAGGGGGCGUCGAUCCUCGAGGACAUAGACGAGGAAAACCUACGUUCCGCGAGCGGCCAGAGCGCGAAUGCGACGGCAUUCGUCGAGUCGCAGUCCGUGGAAAAAGAGAGCACGGUUAUAGCCGACGAAUGCGUGAGCGCAGUCAUCGUGUCCAGCAGCGAAGCGUUAUACAAAAUGGAAAAAUCCGAGGCGCUACACUCUAAGGAGGCGUCGCCCGCGGCGGUUUCUUCCACAGAUUGUUUCGCACGCGAUCAACUUGUGAGUCCAAAAACGGAGAGCAUGGAAGAUGCGGCGGGUAGUAAAGUUUUAGAAGCCAUUCCUACAGUAGCAUCUUCCAACACUAACGGACAAGAAGCGCAGGAGGCGCCCGAGUUCAACGACGACAAUCUGAACAUUAUGGAAAUUUCCAACGACAAGAUUGCCCUUGUCGAGUCGAUGGUGUCGGAUCCAAUGAGCAUCGUAGAGAAGUCCAAGGAGGCAGUGGCUGUAAUUGAAAAACUCGAUCCCGUCUCACCUGCCGCUGUCGAAACGGCGGAGGACGCCGAUAAUGUCAGUUGUCGAUCUCCGAAGGACGAUAAGUUAACGGGCGUUCAACAAGACGACAGUUUAGCAAAUUCACAAGGCAAUAAGGCAGCGGCAUGCGUUACGAUAAAAGGGAACCAAUCUUCUGUAAUAGAGAGUAUAGCGUGUAGAAGGGAAUCGAUGGAGUUAACGAUGGGAGUCAACGAGGAGGAGUCAUUAUCGACACUUCAACAGGACGAACCUAUGGAGCAGGAAACAAUGGAGGAGCUGUCGAAAAGUUAAUCUUGACUUAUCUAACUGGCAUGUUUCUCCUUCCCUUUGUUUAACAUUUGAUAUCUAUUCUUAAGAUAGAUGUCGGAA